GUCCCACUCCUCUGUUUUUCUCUACGUUUUUACUAGUAUUUAAUUUGGUGUUUCAAUUGGUAUAUUUGCUGAUAAAUUUGAACUGUUGAUCGACUUUUGCUCAUACUUAACUGCAAAUUUGUAAAACACCAGCAACAAUGGCGUUGGCAGAUCUAGCGUCAGCGCAACCACCGCCAACACCACCACCACGCUCACACGCCGACCUCUUCGGCGACCCAAUCGACGAUUCAAGCCCUCUAUGGUUCAAGAAAGACCUCUUUCUCUCUCCCGAUUUCGACUCCGAAUCCUACAUCUCUGACCUCCGAACCUUCGUACCCUUCGACACUCUUCGAUCUCAGCUUCAUGCUCAUCUUUCUUCGCUCAAGCAUCAGCUUGUUGAUCUUAUCAAUAGGGAUUACAAUGAUUUCGUCAAUCUUAGUACUAAUCUUGUUGAUGUUGAUUCUUCUGUUGCUAGAAUGCGCGCACCAUUGUCUGAUCUUAGGGAGAAGAUUGCUGCGUUUAGGGAUUCUGUUCAAGAUUCUCUUAUCUCGCUUCAGAAUGGGUUGAAUCAGAGAGCUGAGGCUGCUAAUGCUAGGGAAGUUCUGGAAUUGUUGCUUGACACUUUUCAUGUUGUUUCUAAGGUUGAGAAGUUAAUAAAGGAGCUGCCUAGUGUUCCUGCUGAUUGGUCAAAUGGUGACAUGAAUGCGUCAGAGAAGAAUCAUCUAAGUAAUGGGAUAUCUUUGCAACAAUCUGAGAAUGAAUCAAAUGUAAGAGAAACUCAGAGCAUGCUUUUGGAGAGAAUUGCUAGUGAAAUGAACAGAUUGAAGUUCUAUAUGGCUCAUGCGAAGGACCUACCUUUUAUCCAGAACGUUGAGAAGAGAUUUCAAAGUGCUAGCCAUUUAUUAGAUGCAAGCUUGGGGCAUUGCUUUUUAGAUGGUCUAGAGCACCGAGAUGAAAAUGCCAUAUACAAUUGUUUACGUGCAUAUGCUGCCAUUGACAGUACUAGCAAUGCCGAAGAGAUUUUCCGCUCAACCAUUGUUGCUCCUCUGAUAGAAAAAAUCAUUCCUCAUGGUUCUUCAGGAUUAAAUGGUGUGGCUUCUGUUGAUGAACUUGAGGCUGAUUUCCGAGAAAUAAAACAGUGUAUUGAGAAAGAUUGUACAUUUUUGCUGAGAAUCUCUUCAAGAGAGGAUUCAGGAUUUCAUGUUUUUAACUUUCUGGCCAAUUCGAUCCUCAGAGAGGUAUAUUCAGCAAUUCAGAAAGGAAAGCCUGGGGCUUUCUCACCUGGAAGGCCUACAGAAUUUUUGAAAAAUUAUAAAUCGAGUUUAGAGUUUUUGUCUCAUUUGGAAGGUUACUGCACAUCCAGAUAUGCCGUUUCUAAAUUUAGAACAGAGCCUGUGUAUGUUGACUUCAUGAAGCAAUGGAAUCUUGGGGUUUACUUCUCGUUGAGGUUUCAAGAAAUAGCCGGGGCUUUAGAUUCUGUACUUGUAACACCGAGCUUGGUAGUGGCACAAGGUUCACGUCAUGAGGUUGAAAAUUUUCCAGCUUUGGUUUUGAAACAAAGUAUAACUCUGUUGGAGAGUUUGAGAUCUUGUUGGGGUGAAGAUGUACUUGUCCUGUCUUGCUCAGACAAGUUUCUUCGUCUGUCAUUACAGCUUCUAUCAAGGUAUUCCAGCUGGUUGUCACACGGACUCAAUGCUCGGCAAAUGGGUCAUGCAAAUGCAAACCCUGGAGCUGAAUGGGCGAUCUCUGCUGGGCCUGAAGAUCUUCUAUAUAUUAUUCAUGAUGUAAAGACCCUUGUGGAUGAGGUUUGUGGCAACUACAUUGGACAUGUUAUGGAGAUUCUUUCUUCGUGUCCUACUGAAGUGAUGGAUACCGUCAAACAGAGCAUAUUGCAAAGUGCAAAGUCUUUGGAGAAUAUGGUCCCUUCAGUGAUAAAAUCCAUAGUAGAUAUGCUGGUUGAGAAGUCUGUUGAGGCCUUGCUUCAGCUAAAGGGAAUUUCCGCAACAUAUAGGCUGACUAACAAACCUCUGCCUAUCCAUCAUUCUCCAUAUGUCUCAGCGAUUCUUCACCCUCUCAAGACUUUCUUGGAUGGAGACAGAGCUGCUACAUUUCUGGAUGAUGCUACAAAACAUGAACUCAUACAAGGUGUUUCGUUAGAGAUCACCAAGAGUUAUAAUGACUUGGUCUCUGAACUAGUUAAUGUGGCACGAAAAACAGAAAGUUCGCUGCAGAGACUACGUCAAGGUGCACAAAGGCGAACUGGAGCAAGCUCGGAUGUGUCAGACCAUAAUGUAUCUAAUACAGAUAAAAUUUGCAUGCAGCUGUUCCUCGAUAUACAGGAAUAUGGGCGUAAUCUGGCUACCAUUGGAGUUGAUGCAGCGAAGAUCAAAGAUUACCAGGCAUUGUGGCAGUGUGUGGCACCUGUAGAAAAGCAAAGCACGAUAGUCUUUUAGCCUCAUGUUUAGUUUGUGAUUGUAGCAAUCUUCUAUAGUUCAUACUUUCCUUCUAAUUUUUGUUUAUAUUUUUUUAUUUUUUUUAAGAGGUGAUUUACCAUGUAAGUUCACACCGUGUUUAUAUAAUAUAAUAGCAGCAGGCUCUGAAUUUUUUUCUGUGAAGACGUAGUCGCUCAAGAUUUUGCUUCAUCUGGAAGAGAAGCACCUCAUGACGAAAUUUGUAGAUAUGAUCUAAUAUCAAUCACGGCCAUGUAAGAACUCACCAGCAUAUUUAAACUAUAGAUAAAAUUUCCGUACAAAGUAGUAUAUUAAUAAGAA